AUGACCGAUAAUUCAUCCGGUGAAGAGUUAGCCGUCGCAGAUGUAUGGGCUCUUCCGACUGAGGAGUUUCAUGGGUUGUGGGAAAACCUAAUAUACGACUCAAAGUUAAAGGAAGAUACAUUACGGUUUGUUGAAACUGCUUUUGAAUUUUCGGAUCGCGGUGUUGAUCCGAAUAUUGUAGGUUGGAAUAGAGUCGUGUUACUACACGGGCCGCCUGGGACAGGUAAAACGAGUCUGUGCCGUGCACUGGCUCAGAAGUUGGCUGUGCGCCUAUCUGACAGAUUUCCUCGCGCACGUUUGUUGGAAAUAAAUGCCCACGGGCUCUUUUCGAAAUGGUUCUCUGAAAGCGGUAAACUGGUAGCGAAGUUGUUUGAAAGAAUUCGUGAAAUAGUUGAAGAUCGAAGACUUCUCGCGUGCAUCCUCGUCGACGAGGUGGAAUCUCUCGCGCACGCUCGUCGCGCGGCGCUCGCGGGUCUGGAGCCCUCAGACUCGAUCCGCGCCGUCAACGCGAUCCUGACGCAACUGGACCGGCUCAAGCGGCAUCCGAACGCCCUCGUGCUGACCACGUCGAACGUGACCGGCGCGAUCGACGUGGCGUUCGUGGACCGCGCGGACAUCAAGCGGCGCGUGGGCCCGCCGUCGGAGCGCGCCGCCUAUGAGAUAUUGCGCGGCUGCUGCGUGGAGCUGAUGGCGCGCGGAGUGGUGGCGCCGCGCGAACAGCUGUUCCCGCUGCGCGUGCUGGAGGCGGCGCGGUUCGCGGAGAGCGAGGGCUCGCGCGCCAGCCUGCGCCUGCGCGAGGUGGCGCGCGCCGCGGCCGCCGGCGCGCUCUCGGCGCGCGCGCUGCGCCGCCUGCCUUUCCUGGCGCGCGCGCUGCACGCCGCGCGGGCGCCGCCGCUGCUGCGCUUCACGGACGCCCUGCACGCGGCGCUCGCGCAGCAGCUCAGCGACGCGCGCGAUCUGUGCGACGACGGGCCGCCCGUACCAGCCGCCUGUGCCGCUCCAGAUGGACCCUUC